AUGUCAAACUAUCUUAAUCUACCAUUGAUUGUACACACAAAAAGAAGUAAGUAUUUUGCUGAUCUUUUAGCUGAAAAACUUAGAUAUCCAAUUCUUCCUGUUAUCCGAAAACAAUUUUCUGAUGGAGAGUUAUAUUAUAAAUUUACAAUUCAAAAUAAAACAUCAUUAAUUGGAAAAGAUGUUUUAAUUGUUUGUUCAAUGGUUGAUGACCAAGAAUUGUUAGAACUAAUUCGUCUUGGACUUGAACUUUCUGAAUUAGGAACAAGAAGAAGAGUAUUUGUUAUUCCUUAUUUGUUAUAUCAAACGAUGAAUAGAGCUUCAUUGCCAGGAGAAGUAGUCACCUGUAAAUCAACAGUAAGAAUGCUUUCAAGUAUUUCUACAUGUGGAUUAGGUAAUUUGUAUUUGUUAUUAGAUCUUCAUACAAGUGGUAUUAUUCAUUAUUUUGAAAAAACUCAAGCAAUGGAAUUAUAUGCUCAAAAACCUUUGUAUAAUGCUAUUGCUAAAGAAGUUGAUUUUCAAAAUGAAGAUGUAGUCUUUGGCACAACAGAUUUAGGAAGACCAAAAUGGGUAGAAACAUAUUCAAAUCUUUUUGGUGUUGGAAUCGUUUUAUGCAGAGCUCCAAGAGAACUUAAUGAAAAUUCACCAGAAAUCAUGAAAGAACCUAUUGGAGAAUCAGAAAAUUAUUUAAGACAUGGAGCAACAAAAGUUACUUGUGUUAUUUCUCAUUUUGCUGUUACAAAAGAAUCAAUUAUUCAAAGGUUAGAACAAAGUCCUAUAGAUAAAAUUAUUAUUACAAACUCUCAUGUUAAUUCUCAACUACCUGUUGUUAAACUUUGUAAAAAAAUUAUAAUUGUUGACGUUAGUUGUGUAUUUGUUGAACAAAUAGUCUCUAUCUAUGGUUCAGUUGGUCCAAAAACAUCUUCUCCAUUUGUCUUUGCUCUUGACUAA